AUGAUUCUGGCGUGGGGCAUUGAUAGCAAAAAAGAGAAGCGAAUGUCGGCGGACGCGGGCCGACGACAAUCAUGGGUUGGUAGACGGAUGUCAGUGCAGAGUCAGCAUUCGUUCCAAGGGCCCGUCCAUUGCUCGAGAGAUCUGGUAGGACCACAGGAGCGAAUUGCCGUGAUUUCGCCAGCGAAGGAUGAGACCGUCAAGGUCAACGAUAUCACUCAAUGCUCGUUGCUUUGUGAGAAGUAUCAUGUUGAGACGAAUCACAAGGAAUAUUUCGUCAAGCCGUACAUUGAGGUAAAACGCCUAUACCCCGACGCCCUCUUCGAAUUCUACGAAAAACAUUUCGGCCAAAAGCUCGCGAAAGGAAAA